CCAGGGGAGAGCCUAUAAAACCUGGAAUGUCCAUACCAGGAACAAGCAAAGGAGGGAAACAGUGUGGGAAAUUCUGGGAACUCUGUGUGGGAGUGUGUUCCUGCUUGACUGAGCGAAGAUGCUGGGCUGUGGGUGUGCGUUGGUCUCCUAUCUCCUCACUGUGACUCUGCUCCUUAGCGCUUCUGACGGCCUCCGAGCAACCCCAGUGGCCUCAAAGUGUCCGGACAGCGGAGCGGUGGAGGACUCCCGCUCGUGGAGGCAGACAGGGGAGAGUUCGGCCAGCAGGCCCACAGGCAGACUCCCACCGCUGGAGCACGCGGGGAGCGCGACAGAGUCCAGGAGGAGGAGGACCUUUCCGGGGGCCAACGCCCCGCUGGACCGCCUGUCUGUAGGCAGAAUGGACAUGAGGGGUAAAAAGAGGAAGGAGGUGGAAUCGGUGAGGAGGCGACUAAGCCCUCCCAUUGACCGGAUUGGGAUGGGCCGCCUCCCCAGCAGCAGACAGGGCUGAGGCACGCCCUGCUGCCCCCUACAGGGUGGCCAUUCGGAGUGGACAGGAGAUUGUGGAUAAAGAUCUCAUACAAAAAUCGCUCAUACACACUUACCCACUGACACACCUCUUACACACCAACCCACUUCUACAGCACGUAUACACCUCCUAACUGUCACUGUAAACCAACCCACCAACAGCACAUCUCUUACACACCAACACACUUCUACAGCACGGAUACACCUCCUAACUGUCACUGUAAACCAACCCACCAACACCACACCUCUACACACCAACACACUUCUACAGCACGGAUACACCUCCUAACUUUCACUGUAAACCAACCCACCAACACCACACCUCUACACACCAACACACUUCUACAGCACGGAUACACCUCCUAACUGUCACUGUAAACCAACCCACCAACACCACACCUCUUACACACCUACACACUUCUACAGCACGUAUACACCUCCUAACUGUCACUGUAAACCAACCCACCAACACCACAUCUCUACACACCAACACACUUCUACAGCAUGGAUACACCUCCUAACUGUCACUGUAAACCAACCCACCAACACCACAUCUCUUACACACCUACACACUUCUACAGCACGUAUACACCUCCUAACUGUCACUGUAAACCAACCCACCAACACCACACCUCUACACACCAACACACUUCUACAGCUCUUAUACACCUCCUAACUGUCACUACAAACCAACCCACCAACACCACAUCUCUUACACACCAACACACUUCUACAGCUCUUAUACACCUCCUAACUGUCACUACAAACUGCCUAUUUGAAAUUGUGAUCAAAAUGUUUUUGAUUGAAAG